AUGGUAAUACGACGGUCGAACGUCCGCACAACGAGCCCGGGUUCGGACCUGGUGACCACUUGUGAUAUUGCCAAAUGGCAGUCUCUGUGCACCACACAUGCAUCCGAUAAGCAGUUUCUGGGCCCGAAAUGCAUGCAGGAGUUCACCACACAGACGGACCUGAACAGGCAUUGGCGAGAAGAAGAUGGCACGACACGUUACACGUGCGACAUGUGUGGAAUUUUAAUAAAGGAGAAAAUAGACCUGAAGGCUCAUAUGGACGGCCACACUGGCGAGAAAUCAUACCAGUGCGCUGAAUGUGGAAACUGUUAUCGGCAUAGAAGUAGCUUGUGCAAGCACAAGAUUGAGCGUGGAGUGGAACGUUGGCGCGUGCGGUUCCUCUCAAGUCUCGCUUCCGGUCUCAGGUCUCAGCAGCGCAGUGGACAAUACUGUGACGUCACAAUAAAAGUGGAGGGCGUGGCUUUUAAUUGUCACAAAGCGGUGCUAUGCGCAGUGUCGCCAUAUUUUACGGCCAUGUUUGCGCAUGACAUGAAAGAAGCACGUGACUCUGUUGUGGAUCUCCACGAGACAAAACCGGAAAUGUUCGAUCUUCUGCUGAGCUGUAUUUAUGACGGCGAGGACAUCAUUACACCUGAAAAUAUUCAAGAUGUACUGGAAAUUGCUAGCUUGAUGCAAAUAGACAUGUUACUGGAGCAAAUUGAAAGCUACUUCCAUGAAAGUAUUUCCGUAGACAAUUUCGUUGAUAUUUGGUACAUGGCGAAGAAGUAUCACUGUCAAAGACUGGAAAAGUUCAUCUGGACAUUCAUGAUGGACAACUUUGUGGCCUUGAACGACAGCGGUGACCUUUCUCUGCUGCCUAUCGACACGUUUGAAGCAUUCAUGGGUGACGAAACGCUCUUUGCACAGAGUGAAGAUUUGAUUUGUGACGCAGCGCUGCAGUGGAUCGCGGCAGACAAGGAAUCAAGGCUAAGCUUAGCGCCAAGGCUGAUAUCCAAGAUGCGUCUACCGCUGUGCUCCGCAGAAUACAUAAUGCAGAAGUUUAACAAUGAGCCGAUUGUUCACGACCUUCCCGAGGCCAAGCUUGCUAUCAAUCAAGCAUUACAGUUCAAAAUGUACCCAGCAAGAAAACAAGAUUACACUGCUAAGCAAACGACAUACCGGAAGUCGAGUCGCAUGGAUGACGUCAUGGUCGUUAUCGGCGGAACCGACACGUCCGAGUAUUCAGGCUCAGGUGUACGUUGCUACAGUUUCCAGCGCGAAAUUUGGUUCGAUUUACCGCCAUUACCACAAAACGUCGGCCCGCAUUAUGCACUGUGUACAUAUGCAGACGACAUUUACGUUUCCGGUGGUCAGUAUUGCAGAGAAGCUUUCCACAAGUUUCAAGCAUCUUCUUGUGCCUGGGUAGCUCUUCCAAAACUACCAUCAGGAAGGUUUGACCACGCUAUGGCAUCCGUGACAGACGUCGUUUUCGUAAUUGGCGGAGAUGGAAGCGUUGCUACAACGACAAUUUACGGUUUCCAAACACAAACUGGAAGUUGGGAGUCGUAUUGUGACCUAGUGGAACGCGUUAACCACGCAAAAGCUGCCGUGCUAGGCAACAACAUUUUAAUCCUUGGCGGGAAUAAUAGUGGCAGUUUAUUUUCCGACACAAUUCAGCUGUUUGAUCCUUUCAGAAAACAGGUCUCAGUUAUGACGUCAGAAACACUUCCGGGGGUCAGUUCACAAGUCGUUAUGUUUGACACCAGUGCAUAUACGGUUGAGCCCAGUGGGUCUGUUGUAGAGAUAAAUGAGGAGUUAAAAAGCAAACAAAUCGGUAAAAUAUGUAAUUUUUGCCCAAAACGCUUUAGCGCAGUACAAUACAGAGGAGACUUAUUUAUAACAACUGGGUCACAGUCUACCGACAACACUUCACCAACCGAAGCGAAAGUCUUUCAGAUAGACCCAGCUAAUGAUAUGAAGCUAUUGAAAACCAUUCGCAUUCCUAAAUCCAAACCAUCCAAUGAGCCAUGGUUGGCAACCGGCACUAGACUUCGCUGUGCAAAGAUUUCUAUAGGGAAGCUCUACCUUAAACAUUUAGAUGAAGGCUAA